ACCAUGCUGGGGGCACUGCGCAGGAACAUGUCCCAGAAGCUGAGUUUGCUGCUGCUGGUGUUCGGCCUGGCGUGGGGACUCAUGUUGCUGCGCUACACCGUGCAGCAGCCUCGCCAUCAAAGCAGCGCUGAACUGCGAGAGCAAAUCCUGGAACUGAGCCGGCGAUAUGUCAAAGUCCUGACUGAGGAGAACCAGAACUCACCGAGCGGGCCACAGGGAACCUCCAUGGCAGGUUACGCCGAUCUGAAGAGGACUAUAGCUGUGUUGCUGGAUGACAUUCUGACACGGUUGGUCAAACUGGAGGGGAAAAUUGAACUGGUGGUCAAUGCCUCCUCCACAAACACCUCCCACGCAGCCGGAGGCCUCCUGGCCUCCGCUCCUGCUGCCCUGCAGAAAGCAUCAAAGCAGGAGGGCCCUGGCAGCCACCCAGGAACGUCACGCAUUCACCCGCACAACUUUAGGAGACUCCGACCACAUUGA